UCGUUUUUCCCCAGGUUUCAUAGGGAGCCUGCCUCACUGCCCCUGGCCCGGCUGAGCAGCCGGGGGGACCCUGCAUAUGCUGCCAGGCUGUUUCCUGCCUCCAACGGGGAGUCUUGUAACCUGCAGCUGGAGUGUGCUGUGCCCUGCAUGUCCCCCCCCAUGGCAGCGUGGUCCCGCCAGGCUGUCCUGAGCCUCUAUCGCACUCUGCUGUGCCAGGGCCGCAGGCUGCGCUACACCGACCGUGAUUUCUACCUUGCCACCAUCCGGCGCGAGUUCCGCAAGAACAAGCAGCUGGAGCAGCUGGAAGACAAGGAGAGACAGCUGGAGAAAGGGCAGGCCUUCCUGCACAGCAAACUGGGGGGGUUGGUUUAGAAAUUUCCCUUCUUCCUCUCUUGCUCGGACCCUGCA